AUGGGUCAACCUGCAGGUGGUAUAUAUGAUAGUCGUUUAGAUCCGGUGAUCUGUAAAGCUCUUCAGCACCCGCGCAGUCUGGAUGAUAUGAUCAAAUGUACAAAAUUUAGCAGAUCCGAAAUUCGAUUAUUAUAUCGAGGUUUUAAACAAGAUUAUAUUUUAACUUUAUCUGUUCUAUGUCGAGGAACUAUUGAAGAUAAAUUAAAAUGGAUAUUUCGUUUUUAUGAUAUUUCUGGCGAUGGACAACUAUCAAGAGAGAGUUUUGCUGAUGUUAUACGUUCGUUAUACGAUUUAAUUGGUCCAACGGUUCAGCCAAGAGUGCAAGAAAAUGAAAUACAAAAGCAUAUUGAUGAAAUUUUAGAACAUGUUGAUCCCUUACAAGUUAAUCAAGUAACAGUGGAAGAUUUUAUUGAAUAUUGCAAGGAUCGACCACCGUUAAUCGAAUCUAUUCAAUCACUUUCCAGUUCAUUUUAA